AUGGAUCUAUCCUCUGAGAUACUUGCGAAAAAGCGAGAGGAUCAAUGUAACACGAACUGCUACAUCGACAUAAAAUUGCUCAAAGAACCAGUUCGUGUAAAGAUCCAACGUGGCGUACGGCAAGGCGAGGUUAUCUCUCCAAAACUAUUCUCUGCGGCUUUAGAACUUGUAAUGCGGCAAAUCGAGCUGCUUUGUGGCAUUGGAGAUAGACGGCGAAAGACUUCAAUACGUUUGAUGUUUGCAGACGACAUAGUCUUGAUUGGAAGCGAACCGAGUGCACUCGAAAGCUCCCUGAAUAUUUUGAGCGAAGCCUCCCAAUCCAUUGGACUUGUAAUACAUCCAGGAAAAACCAAAUGGAUGAAAAACAACUACGACAGUGGACUAUCGUUUAUGCAUGAAAGGAUCAGUCAUUGA